GAGGGUGCCGGCGGCCGCGAGCGCGGAGCCAGCGAGGCCGUGCGACCGCGCCUGGAUAGGGGCCGGCGGCCUCAGCCCGGGCGGCGGCAUCCCUCGGCACCCCGGGCCCUUCCUCCCGAUCUGGCUGCACGCCGCCCCGCCCUCUGCGCCCCACUUCUCCUACCAUCUUUGCCGAACCUGCCUGCCUCUGCCCGGUCCCUGGGCGCUGGAUCCAGCCCAGGCCGGCGGCAGCUGUUGCUCGCGUGGCUGCCUCGCCUCCUGUCCUGGGGCUCUGCUGGGGCCCCGCAGGAGCCGGGCGCGCUGCGGGCCGGGAGGGAGGCGCCGCUCAGCCCGACCUCCUCUGGUUCCUCCUGGCGCCGCUGGUGCUGCUCCGUGCGCACCCCACACCCCGCCAGCCGCACCUCGGGACUCCCAGUACUGAGUUAAACAGAAGUGGCUAGAGCCGGCGUCUGUCCAGAGUUCCUGAUCUUAACAGGCACACGGCAGACUGGGACCCCCGUGCCGCCCAGCCGUGGGCAUGCCGGGGACCGAGGAACACAGCUGAAAGACGCCCGAGUACUCCCCGCCUUUUGCAAACUCCAGAAGACCAUCUCUUCGGAUUCUGGAAUUUUCCACGUCGCCACUGAGACUCUGCUUGAAUGUUUACCUUCCCCGCGGGCUCUCCCAGACGUCGCUCUCGAGCGUCCACCUUUCGGUAAAACGUGCGCGGGCUGAGCCGGCUCGGCGGGCCGGCAUGGCCAGGAUGAGGUCGGUUGGCGCAGCCUCCCGCCUGGUGCUGGGCCUGCUGAUGACUUCCUUCUCCGGAUCUUCCCUGCAAAGCAGUGAGUGCCCGCAGCUCUGCGUGUGCGAAAUCAGGCCCUGGUUCACCCCACAGUCCACGUACCGGGAAGCCACCACCGUGGACUGCAACGACCUGCGGCUGACGCGGAUCCCCGGCAACCUCUCCAGCGACACGCAGGUGCUGCUCCUGCAGAGCAACAGCAUCGCCAAGACGGCGGACGAGCUGCAGCAGCUGUCCAACCUGACGGAGCUGGACUUCUCGCAGAACAACUUCACCAGCAUCCGGGAGGUGGGGCUGGCCAACCUGAGCCAGCUCACCACGCUGCACCUGGAGGAGAACCAGAUCUCGGAGAUGACGGACUACUGCCUGCGGGGCCUCGGCGGCCUGCAGGAGCUCUACGUCAACCACAACCAGAUCAGCGCCAUCUCCGCCAAGGCUUUCGCCGGCCUGAGAAACCUGCUGAGGCUGCACCUGAACUCCAACAAGCUGAGAGUGAUCGACAGCCGCUGGUUCGACUCGACGCCCAACCUGGAAAUCCUCAUGAUCGGGGAGAACCCGGUGAUUGGGAUUCUGGACAUGAACUUCAAACCCCUCUCCAACCUGAGGAGCCUGGUUCUGGCGGGAAUGUAUCUCACCGAGAUUCCCGGCAACGCCCUGGUGGGCCUAGACAGUCUGGAGAGCCUGUCUUUCUAUGACAACAAAUUGGCCAGGGUCCCCCAGCUCGCGCUGCAGAAAGUCCCCAACCUGAAGUUCUUAGACCUGAACAAAAACCCCAUCCGCAAGAUCCAGGAAGGGGACUUCAGGAACAUGCUGCGGCUGAAAGAGCUGGGGCUCAACAACAUGGGCGAGCUGGUGUCCGUGGACCGCUACGCGCUCGACAACCUGCCCGAGCUCACCAAGCUGGAGGCCACCAACAACCCCAAGCUGUCCUACAUCCACCGCCUGGCGUUCCGCAGCGUCCCCGCCCUGGAGAGCUUGAUGCUCAACAACAACGCCCUGAACGCGGUCUACCAGAAGACGGUGGAGUCCCUGCCCAACCUGCGCGAGAUCAGCAUGCACAGCAACCCGCUGCGGUGCGACUGCGUCAUCCGCUGGGUCAACUCCAACAAGACCAGCAUCCGCUUCAUGGAGCCCCUGUCCAUGUGCUGCGCCCUGCCGCCCGAGUACCGGGGCCAGCAGGUGAAGGAGGUCCUCGUCCAGGACGCCGGGGAGCAGUGCCCCCCCAUGAUCGCCCACGACGCGCUCCCCAGCUACAUGAAUGUGCAGGUCGGCACGACGGUCCUGCUGGACUGCCGGGCCAUGGCCGAGCCGGAGCCCGACAUUUACUGGGUCAGUCCCCUGGGAAGCAAGAUAACCGUGGAAACGCUUUUGGACAGGUACAAGCUGAGCGGCGAAGGCACCUUGGAGAUACCUGACGUACGAACGGAAGAUUCGGGAAGGUACACCUGUGUCGCCCAGAAUGUCGAAGGGGCAGACACUCGGGUGGUGACAAUUAAGGUCAACGGGACCCUCCUGGAUGGCACCCAGGUGCUGAAGAUAUACGUCAAGCAGACAGAAUCUCACUCCAUUUUAGUGUCCUGGAAGGUCGACUCCAAUGUCAUGACGUCUAACCUGAAAUGGUCGUCCGCCACCAUGAAGAUCGACAACCCACACAUCACGUACACGGCCCGGGUCCCCGUGGACGUCCACGAGUACAACCUGACCCACCUGCAGCCUUCCACGGAUUAUGAAGUGUGCCUCACCGUGUCCAACAUCCACCAGCAGACUCAGAAGUCAUGUGUGAACGUCACCACCAAGAGCGCUGCCUUCGCCCUGGCCAUUUCCGAUCAGGAGACCAGCACCGCCCUGGCGGCCGUGAUGGGGUGCCUGUUCGCCAUCGUCAGCCUCGCGUCUGUGGCCGUGUACGUCGCCAAAAGGUUGAAGAGGAAAAACUACCACCAUUCAUUAAAGAAGUACAUGCAAAAGACCUCUUCCAUCCCGCUGAACGAACUGUACCCACCGCUCAUUAACCUCUGGGACGGCGACAACGAGAAGGACAAAGAGGGCUCUGCAGAGACCAAGCCACCCCAGGUGGACACGUCCAGAAGCUACUACAUGUGGUGACUCGGGGGGCGCUUUGCUUCUGGUAGCAAGGAGCACAAAGACGUUUUUGCUUUAUUCUGCAAAAGUGACGAGUGGAAGACUUUUGUAUCCUGACUCUGCUCGCCGGCGGCAGUGUGGAGAGGAUGGGUGGAUCUUUAGAUUUUUUUUUUUUUUUUAGUAGAGCGUAUCGCAAGAGUUUGACACAGCUGGCAGCGCCCCUGGGCUUCCAGGGUGUGUUGGGUUUUCUUAUCGUUAUUAUCAUUAUUAUGAUAUUAUUCUUUUGUCUUAGUUUUUGUGCUAAACUCAGCAAUGCUAUUCUGACUGCAGUGCUCAAUAAAAUGAUGAAUGACAGGUCGGGUCGCCUGUGCUUUUACCGGGAAGCGGCACCCCUUCCUCUGCAGCCGCCGGCAGAGAGCACCGUGUCCCCCCCAGCGGCCGACCUACAGGUGGGACGCGGCGCUGAACCUUCAGAGUGAUCGGCCUCCAGACUUUGAACCCCAGAAGCGGAGGCUCGACUCGCCGCCUCCUUUGAAUGACGUUAGUUGACUGUUCCGUAAUGUUGUACCAACUGAAUUAGAUGUUUGCCUUUGAACAACAACUUUUUUCUCUCUUUUCUUUUUGUAAUAGUUAAAGAGGCUUAGACCAAGCUAACAGGCAAUAGAAAUAUGUAUAUCAAAUUUUUUAAUGUAACAAACUACAUGUUAAUUGUUACUGUCUUCUUUUUACCUUUAGUAGACACUUUUAAAAGAAAAGACAAUAAUUUUGUUGUGUUUAACUCACCCACAUGCGGCGUAUAAUGAAGGCAGCACUAUAAUAAA